AUGGUUCACCUGGUGCCUAUUCAAUCUCUCAUCUGCAAUCUCAGCAGAAACUUGACUCUGAACAACGUGAAGCUCCUCAGGGUGCUCGUUCUGCCAUUGUCUAAGUUUCCAGGUUUGGCCAGAAAGAUCCCAGUAGAUACCUCUCAUAGAGACGUAAAUACCGUGUCUACCUUCCCAAAGUGGAUAGAUGAUAACAAUGAAAGCCGAGAUGAACAUCCAGAUGAUGCCGACAACAACCCAACCAGUGAAGAACUUCUUGGAAAAAACAUACUUGCUUCCGUACAUUGGCAUUGGCCAAACGACCAAAAGGGAAAUGGCCAUGAACAGACAAGUGUAUCCAGCAAUUUUGGAAGCUCUUCCGAGCAAUUCCUCCUCUUGUUUAGCAGCAGUGAUUCUUUUUUCCUCGUAGAUAUCAUGAGCAAUAGCAGUAACAUGAGACUUGAUAGGCUGGAAUUCGGAAUCCUUGACUGGCUCCUCGGUAGCCUCUAUGAUCUCUUCGGUUUCAUCAACUCUCUUGAUGUUCUUCAAAAUGUCCCAGUCAAAGUUUUGUGGGCCGAAAGCAAAGGUCAACACAGGAACAAAAAUAAGUGGCGAAAGCAAAGCAACAACAUUUCCGGUAAGCAUGGCGUUGUCCUCAAAAGUAGAGUCGACAGAGAUUGCACCGAACUGCUUUUUGGUACAGAUCAACCAACUCAUGAUAGCAAAUCCGGUUGCAAGAAUUGGAGACCAAAUGGCUGCAUGGACGUUUUGCUUGCUUGA